AUGAACGGCGCCUCGGAAAGGAAGGGGUCCACCACCUCGCUCAAGGACGAGGUGGCGGCUCUGGAGAACGGCGCCGGACGGCCAAAGAUGGCCACCGCGACACGCGGCACCCGUAUAGGUCACAAGAAGUCGAGGAAUGGCUGUCAGCAGUGCAAGAAACGGCGUGUCAAGUGUGAUGAGAGUCGGCCAUGUCGCAACUGUGUACGACACGACGUCAAGUGCAGUCUUGUCCUCACGCCAUUCGCACCUCAGCUUCAUCCCGUCAACGAGUCGCCCAAACCAGCCCAGGAUGCCGCAAGCGCGGCGACACCAGGCAGCGUCGGCGGAGCUUCGACGACCAGCCGCCCAGCCAGCCGCCGCGAAAGGCCCUUGCCUCAAUUAUCUUCAUUAAAAGACAAGGCCGCCGCCAUCCAAGGGCUGCUCUCAGAGUUCACAGCUGAAGUAGAUGCCCUCAACCACCAGAACGUUCAUGAGAACUACUCAAGCCCCACCAACGGGUCAAGUCACGGCGACUCGGGAGAUACCCACGGUAUAUCCCAAGCUGACUGGUUGACCGAUAUGCAACUUGUCCAUCACUUCACCACCACCACGGCUCAUACCAUUUCUGAGAAUCCAGACUUUGUGUAUCUGUGGACCACAACAGUGCCGCAGAUUGCAUUCGCCAACGAGUUCCUCCUUCAUGGCAUCUUGGCCGUAGCAGCUAUCCACAGAGCCCACCUCAACCCCGAGAAAAGGGACGAGAACGCCAACUUAUCAGUACGCCACCAGAACAUCGCCCUGAGUCAGUUCUCGCCAGGGCUGAGCGAGAUUGGUGAAAACAACGCCGACGCCUACGUGCUCCACGCGAUAUGCAUCUUCCUACUCAACACCUACUCCAUCGCGAACCCCCAGGGGCCCAUCACCUCCAAGGACGUCGCUCAGUCCUUCAUCCUGCUUCAAGGAAUCAAGAGCAUCCUCACCCUUCCGUUCGCUCACCGCUACAUCUCCAACGGCCCGCUAGCCCGCUGGCUCUACCAAGGCGGCGUCGAGCCGGCCGUAGGGGGCAACUUCGCCUCCAAAGUCGACGAUCUUCUCAACCUCACGCGAAGCAUGGCACCCUCGGACGACACGACGACCUGCCAGUCCGCGCUCGAGGGGCUCAAAAUCACCUUUGCCGCGGUCUCUUCCCCGAAACACAGGUCCGGUCUGGUCUGGCGCUGGGCCGUCUCCCUCCCCCAGCCGUUCCUCGAGCUGAUGAGCCAGAACCACCCUAUGGCCCUCGUCAUCCUCAUGCACUACGCAGCGCUGGUUAACGCCACUGAGCGCAACAUGUGGUACCUCGUCGGCUGGGGCAGGAACGUGGCUUCGGCUUUGGACCAGGCUAUCCAGGAGCCCUGGAGGGAAUGGAUCCAAUGGCCUCUGAGGUGCAUCCGGGAGGGUGUCGAUAUUCGGCAUGCUGAGUCUUUCAAGCCGGUGCCGAUUGAAGGUGUUCCGAGGACGCAACCUCCCACCGGCGGCAACUUCAAGCUGGAUCUUUUUAGACAAGGCGAGCCCCCGGCAUGA